AAAAAUAGUAGCAAUAUUCCUUUAGGAAAGAAAAAAUUUGGAUAGCGUAUUACACUUUUCUUUAAGAUAAAUUAUUGCAGCAAUAGAAUUUCAUAGUCUUGGCCUGCAUCGUAGCAAAUUGGCUUGGCCAUUGGGUUUAAGCGAAUAACUCAGAAAAUUGCAGAGAGAGAUGGAGGGGAUAGAGCACAGAACUGUGAAAGUGAAUGGCAUAAACAUGCACAUUGCAGAGAAAGGCCAAGGCCCUGUGAUUCUCUUCCUGCACGGUUUCCCGGAACUCUGGUACUCCUGGCGGCACCAGAUCGUAGCCCUGGCCUCUCUCGGCUACAGAGCCGUGGCUCCCGACCUCCGCGGCUACGGCGACACGGACGCGCCGGCUGAUCCCGCCAGCUACACGAGCCUCCACGUGGUGGGUGAUCUCGUUGCGCUCCUGGAUACCAUAGCCGCCGACCAGGACAAGGUGUUCGUGGUGGCUCACGACUGGGGUGCGGUCAUUGCUUGGUAUCUCUGCCUGUACAGGCCGGACAAGGUCAAGGCCUUGGUCAACCUGAGCGUGGCGUUUACCCCCAGGAACCCUAAAAGGAAGCCCCUUGACUCCUUGAGAGCUCUUUAUGGAGAUGAUUAUUACAUCUGCAGAUUUCAGGAGCCUGGAGAGAUAGAAGCAGAGUUUGCCCAGAUUGGUACUGCAAGAGUUCUGAAGGAAUUUCUAACAUACCGCAAUCCAGGUCCCCUGUAUUUGCCUAAAGGUAAAGGCUUUGGGCAUCCCCCAGAUGCACCAAUCCUCCUGCCUUCUUGGCUCUCAGAGGAUGACAUUAACUACUAUGCCAACAAAUAUGAGAAGAGGGGCUUCACUGGGGGUUUGAACUACUACCGAGAUUUGGACCUAAAUUGGGAGCUCACCGCCCCAUGGACUGGGACCCAAGUAAAAGUUCCGGUCAAGUUCAUUGUGGGUGACCUUGACCUGACCUAUAAUGGUCCCGGAGUCAAGGAAUACAUACACAAAGGAGGGUUGAAGAAAUAUGUGCCAUUUCUGCAGGAGGUUGUUGUAAUGGAAGGAGUUGCACACUUCAUCCAGUUGGAACGCCCUGAUGAGAUCAACAAACACAUUUAUGACUUCUUUCAGAAUUUCUGAUCAGACUCUGAUAUCUUUUCACCUCCCCUUGAAGUUCUCUUCUCCUCUCCUGCCUGGUUGUGGGUCUGUCGGUGCUUUUGCGUGUGAUUCUGUGUGCCAAUAAGUUACUGUUUACCUUUUUACCUGAAACUUUUACUAUGCAUAUCAAAGACAGUCACCAUCUUAAGAAAUUGAUGCACGCUUCUGUUUA